CCGACACACAGAUGGACGGCCAGGAUCACGUGUACGUACACAUCGUACGGUGGGAAAGCCUGCUUAGAUCUCAAGCUAAACCAUGGCGGCCACCGGCAACCGCGGCUCGCAGGGGGUAGCUUAGAAUCGAAGCGGACGACGCCACAUAUAUACCGCGGCCGCGGCGGCCCCUCUCCCUCGUCCGUCAGAUACGCGCCCUCGCAUCGCCGCCGAAGCCCAUCGCUCUCACUCUCCGAACCCCGCCGACGCCAGCGCGGGCUCCUGCUCCGGAGGCUUCGGCCGCAAUGGCUCUCCCCAACACCCCGCCCGUGGACUACCCCAGCUUCAAGCUCGUCCUCGUCGGCGACGGCGGCACCGGCAAGACGACGUUCGUGAAGAGGCACGUCACCGGGGAGUUCGAGAAGAAGUACGAACCGACGAUCGGCGUGGAGGUGCGGCCGCUGGACUUCCAGACGAGCCACGGCAAGAUCAGGUUCUACUGCUGGGACACGGCCGGACAGGAGAAGUUCGGUGGCCUCCGUGACGGAUACUACAUCCAUGGCCAGUGUGCAAUCAUCAUGUUCGAUGUCACCUCCCGACUCACCUACAAGAACGUCCCCACCUGGCACAGAGACAUCUGCAGGGUGUGCGAGAACAUCCCGAUCGUCCUGUGCGGCAACAAGGUGGACGUGAAGAACCGGCAGGUGAAAGCCAAGAUGGUGACCUUCCACAGGAAGAAGAACCUCCAGUACUACGAGAUCUCUGCCAAGAGCAACUACAACUUCGAGAAGCCUUUCCUCUACCUUGCAAGGAAGCUCUCAGGGGACAUGACCCUCCGGUUCGUCGAGGAGACGGCCCUCCUCCCCGCCGACGUGACCGUCGACCUCGCCGCGCAGCAACAGAUUGAGGCAGAGAUAGCAGCUGCGGCGGCAAUGCCCCUCCCGGAUGACGAUGAUGACAACAUCAUGGACUGAGCUGAUCAAUUGGAGGCUGCAUAUAUAGUUUCAAUCAAACUCUUAUAAGAAGUGAGACUUCUGUAUCCGUAUCAGACAUUCAGUAGGCAUCUGAUGACGAUGGUUUGUGCGAUAGUUCCAUGUUUUUCUCAGUGGUAGUUGAUCUGAGAUUUCUUUGUCGAGUGCUUGUCAAAACCGAACGAAUGUGAAGGUUAAUCGGUUUCUUUACCAUUCUGGAGUGUGGUGUUCAUUAGAAAAAUCUAAAGAAAAAUCCACUUUUUGCUA